AUGUCUGGAAAGAAAAUAGAUAUGACUGACUCGAAUGAGCCUUCCGGUAAUAGUGCUCAUAAUGGAAUUAUUACUUCACAGAUUAUUGUGCCAUUGCUAAAAAUAAAGCUUUCAAAUACCCCGCAAAUGCAAAUACAAGCGUCGUUUGCUGAGACGCUUCCCCUUAAGUAUAAUACACAUAGCUUUUAUGCCGGAAUGAUGGAGUGCUUAGGAUCAUUUUGUGGAUUUAUGGGAUCGAUUCCAUUAAUUUGUUGUUGCUUCCCUAACCCUUACAAAAAAGUUGAUCAAGGAACUGUUGGACUUAUUUCACGUUUUGGACAAUAUUAUAAAUCCGUUGAUCCGGGUUUAGUUAAAGUAAAUGUUAUAACCGAGGAUCUCACAAAGGUUGAUGUUAAGAUACAAAUUACCGAGAUUCCAAGACAAGCCAUUAUGACAAAGGAUAAUGUAUAUAUACAUAUUGAUUCUAUAAUUUAUUGGCAUAUAAUCAAUCCCUAUCAAGCAGUUUAUGGUAUAACUGAUGUUCGCAAAGCUCUUAUAGAACGUACUCAAACCACGCUAAGACACACUCUUGGCGGUCGUGUUCUUCAAGAUUGUAUUGAAAAUCGUGAAGCAAUUGCUUAUGAAAUUAAAGAAAUCAUUGAUGAACCUGCUCACGCUUGGGGUGUCAAGGUUGAAAGCAUUUUGAUUCGUGACAUUUUAUUCUCUCCUGAAUUACAAGCUUCUCUUUCAUCUGCUGCUCAACAAAAGAGAAUUGGUGAAAGUAAAGUUAUUUUGGCCCAAGCUGAAGUUGACUCUGCUAAACUUAUGAGACAAGCUGCUGAGAUUUUGAAUUCACCUGCUGCCAUGCAAAUUCGGUAUCUUGAAACAAUGUCGUCAAUGUCAAAAUCCGCAGGAACAAAAGUUAUUUUCAUGCCUUCUAGUUCUACAUUUGAUGGUAACACGCCUGGUAGUAUUGCAGCUUCCGGUUCAUCUGGAAAACUUGAUCCAAUUACUGCGUCGGUUUAUGAAAAUAUUUCUUAG